AUGAAUCCUCUGUCGAUUGUUGCUGUCCUUGCUACUAUGGCGCUUUCUGCGCACGCCGGUCUGGCACCGUUUGCUGCUCCACUGGCGGCGGCUCCUGCCCCAUUGGCGUACACAUCUCCCUUCGCAGCUGCGUCGCCUUAUUUCGCACCAGCAGCCUACUCUGCACCGCUUGCUGCCGCCUACUCUGCCCCAUUCGUUGCCGGACCAGCGCCACUUGUUGCAAAGAGCUAUGCUGCCGCCCCGCUUGUUGCUGCCCCAGCACCGGUUGUGCCCGCCCCCGCUCCAGUCUUGGCUAAAACCGUAGCCGCACCUUUGGCCGCUCCUGUCGCUCCGAUUGCUCCAGUCGCUGCGCCCAUUGCCACCGAGAUUGUCGAUGCCCACCCACAAUACCAAUUUGCCUACGAUGUCCAGGACUCGCUGACCGGUGACUCCAAGACUCAGGAAGAGACCCGUGACGGUGAUAUCGUGCGCGGCUCAUAUUCCCUGAUUGAACCCGAUGGCUCGCGUCGCAUUGUAAGCUACUAUGCCGACUCUAUCAACGGCUUCAACGCAGUUGUGCAGAAGGAUGUGCCAGUUGCGGCUGUUGCUCCAGUAGCUCCAGUUGUGGCUAAGGCUGUUGCCGCUCCAGUAGCUCCCGUGGUUGCUGCCCCCUCUCCAGUACUUGCCAAAACCCUGGCCGCUCCCAUUGUCGUCUAA